AUGUCAACACAGCCUUAUAGGGAAAAUCUUUGGCGAAAAAAGGGCAAACUCAACGGGCUCAACGCAACUUUGAGAAACAUCUGGAUUACCAAGCAACCAUUCAGAAUUAAGAAUCUAGGGCAAAAUGAGUAUCAGUUCUUAUUUCAGAAUGCGGAUGAUAAAGAAAGGAUUCUCUAUGAGAAAUCAUGGUCAUUUGACGGCCAGUACCUCCUGCUCAAACCUUGGCAGCCUAAUGCGACUGAUUUCAAGCCUGAAGAGGAAAAAAUAAAAAUGUGGGUGCAAAUUCACAAUCUCCCACUUCACUGGAUAGGGCUGGAAACUGGAUACAAGAUAGGCAAGCUAUUCAGUAAACUUCAUGAUGUGGUGGUGCCCGGGAAUGGCAGUUCAAAUGGCAAGGUGAUGAAACUCCUGGUGGACCUGCAACUCAACGAACCGGUGCUUCGAGGUACACAUCUUAAACUGGGCACAGAUAGUACAUGGGUGGAGUUUAAAUAUGAGAAUAUCCAAAACUUCUGCUACUACUGUGGGCGAAUAGGGCAUGGUGAUAAGAACUGCUCUAGUAAGAGAGAUGAUGCGAACAGGAGUGUGCUUAACAUUGGUCAAUACGGGGAUUGGCUCAGAACCUUUAGUGGUUCUCUCAGUGAUUACAAAAAUGAUAGCCCAUCCCCCCUGGUUAGCCAACCUAGUGUCAAAGACUCUAAAAACUCCCUUCCUCCAGUGGCUAAUCCUAACCUGGAAACCAAUGCUGAAAUUGACAAGAGCAAUGAGGCUAUUGGUAAUUCCAUGGGUGAUAACUCUGUCAAAAUGACCCCUGCAGAAUCACCCCUUACUCCUAGCCCUCAAGCACCCAUAGUCACUGUUGUAAACCAACCAUCCCCAUUAGACAGCAUUCAAAACCCAUCGCAACUAGUGGAUGUGGAUAUCCAAUCCUCUAACACUAGUAGCAGGCCAACUCAAAAAAAAUGA